UACAUUUAGACAAGAUUUCAUGGAAGAAAACAAAGAGUGAAGCAUAGAGUUCGUUGCAAAGAUGGGAUUUUUUUAUUACGGUUUUUCACGUCCACCAUAUACGAAUCGUAAUAUUGAGUAAUGUGCCACAAAUUGCAUGUGUGUGGGUGUCCGAAAUCCGACGACGAGUCGGACGAACUGCUGGGUGUUUUUAUCGAUCUGACUGAACUUAAGUCACUGAAGUACAAAGUACUGAAGAAGACCAAGAAGUAAAUGGGGUAAAGUCUCUUCUUAUCGAUCGACACCUGUUCACUCAGCAUUGCCAAACCACAAAUCUGCACUUAUUCAAGUUAUACUUACAUAUUACAUGCUUAGCUAAAUUAAAUACUUAUCAAGUUGAUCAGUCCAAGAGACAAGACAAACCACUUAUUUUGCUCUAAAAGUUUCCUCAUUAUUAUUAUGGAGAUUGAAGGAAAUAAUUACAAUUUUAUUAUUGUGUGACUCAUAGUUCUAAAAUCUAAAGACUUUGCUUAAAAGUAACUCGAACAUUACGAAUUCAACUAUCACUACACACUAUGGAAGAUAACAACAUAUUAAAUAUGGAUAAUGACGAUGAGGACAUUGUACUAGAGCAAGCCAUGUCGAACCACUUGAUUGUGGCGUCCAUUCUAAAAUAUUUGCCACCUGCAGACGUUAAAUCCGCCAGAUUUCUUAACACCACCUGGAACUCGACUGCUUUAUCUGCCAUGCCCCCAAAGUUACGACUUAACCUCGGCAAAGUUCUCCGCUCUGAGGAUAAUUCUCAAAAUCAAUCUCAAGGGGGGAUUUCUACUGCGAUUGCUCCUGCUGGUGGUGGGGGAGGUCAGUCUGGGGAUUGCAAUUUAUUAUCAGACGAGGACGACAUGUCCCUCUUCGACCCACGAUUGGCUAAACAAUUGACCAUCUCAAUCUCUCGACUCCCAUCAAAUCCAUUCCUCUCCAAUUUCUCUCACGCUGUAGAAUCUCUUAUCAUAACGACGGAGAAGAACUGGAGACGAAAUCUUAUCCUGGAGGAGACUGGAAUAUCGAAAUCAAUUUUUUUCCGUCCACUAUUCACGGGGAAUUUGAAACAAUUAAAAUCUCUUGAAAUUCAGCACAUUUCUGGAUUUUCUAAUCAGGAUUUACUAAAACUGUUUGAUCAAAAAUUGCUGCCUAAUUUACGAGUUUUGGGAUUAGGACAAGAUUUUGAUUCGAGAAGGGAUCAGCACGGACUUGUUGAUUCAGCUCAGAUUGACGAAUUACUCGAGAUGGCGGAAUCUCAAGGGUUUGUUCAGGGAGGGAUUACAUGUGUCAAGUUGGUCUGGAUCAACUGGACAAGUUUUGAACGAAUUGGAACGAUUUUUCCUUCAAUGAAGGGUCUGGAAAUUGGGGUCAUGGUAGCAACAAGACAAGAUCGGGGAAGGAUUGGAUUAAAGUCCAUUAGAGAAUUGGUGGACGCGAUUUGUUUCCAAUUUAUGAAUAGGGCGAGAAAAGAGGAAGGAUUGCGUCAUUUACAUUUACAUGUGAUUGAGAUGUAUAAUGAUUCCGAUUGGGGUGGCGUCGUCGCGAUGAUGAUGGAGAGGAAAGAUAUCUUAGGAGAUCUUGAAACCUUGACCUUCGAAGCUGAUCGCGGAGGGACGCUGAAUUUGAGAACCGCACUUGAUCCAGUGGAAAUUGAAGAGAUCAAAAGUAAUUUUGGAUGUUUGUCGGAAAUCAGAUUUACGAAUUUUGUGUGGCCAGAAGAUGAAGCUGAAACUGAAAAUAUUGAUCCAAUUCCCGUCCCAGUUAUCAAACCCAGACUAAUUUUUGAUAUUAAAGUUCCCGACUCAUUAAACUUGACUAUCAUGUCACGGUCAGAUACCAAAGUCAAAGCGCGAUUCACUCUUCUCACAUAUGAAAAUUGUCGUAAGGAAGAAUAUUACUCCAGCGACUGUGACUUGUUCAAAGUGGAAAGCUUUGAAAGUUACCUUCAAGAAAAAGCAGUCCGUAAGAAAGUGGAUAAAUUGGCCAAAAAGGUAGACGCUAUAAGAAGAAAAGUCUCAACAAUUGGCGCUGGACGUUGGAGAGGAAUUAUUUCUGUUAGGAGUACUGAAUCGGAAGGGGAAGUGGUGGAAAAGGGUAUUGGGAAGAUAACAAAGCACCUGGAGAAAAGGAUCCGAGACUCACAUACAAAACAACUCAAACUUCUCUGUACUCUGAAGGAGCGUGAAAUGAAGGAAAUUAAGAAAUAUUUGGGUGCCUCGUUGAAAGAUGAAUGUAUCCGAAUAUCGAAAUUGACCCGUGAUAAGGCAGAGAGGACUCUGUUGAAGGGUGAAGUUGCCCAAGUCCUGGUGGCAAGAUGCAUCGCUGAAAGAAAAAUGGUAGUCAAGAAUUUUGCAGAGAUUGAAGCCAAAUUAGUUACGGAUUAUGAGGUUGUCGAAGAAGAGUUAGAACGUUGGAGCGGUGAAAGACCCGUCGGAUUCUUAAGAGAUGUCGGGAGUGAAGAAUGAGACAGUGGUAAUAGUGGAGGUCUCAGUAUUGAAUUGGUGUGAACUAACUACUAUUUGCAUGUAGCUGGUAUAUUAAUUAUUGUGUUAAUUAUAUGAUGUGAUACCCAUUUUUAUGUGAUAUUUAUAUGUCUUGCUUGAGUUCAUUCCCAAUUUGUGUUGGUGUUUUUCUUAAUCUAGUCUAACAUGCAUAAAGUUGGUGCUAAGAAACAUAUAUUAGUUUUAUUUGAGUAUUAUGUAAGUUAGUACAUAUUUAGUAUACACGUAUGGUGUCUAUCACUCCUAUGUAAACAUAUACUGCGUUGUGAUUUAUAGUAUUUAAUUAUGAAAAGUAUGAAAGAAUUUAUCAUCAAACAAUUUUAUAUAAUCGCAAAAGUUGAAUGUGAAAAAAAUUGCUUUAGGUAAUGUACGGAAUUUCAUUUAUUUUCUAUGAUUUCAAGUUGCAUACUAUUAUUAAGGAAUGAUAAUAAAUAUGUGCAAAUGUGUUGUUAAAACUGAGAAAGAAGUUUUCUUGUGUUUAAAG